AUGCCAUUAUUACCGCCAAUAAACUUUCCAAAAUGGCUUGAGGAGAAUUCAGAUAAAUUACAACCUCCAGUGAACAAUUUUCUGUUACAAAGAGGGGAUUUCAUUGUUAUGGUAGUGGGGGGUCCUAAUGCACGUACUGACUAUCAUGUUAACCAAACGGAGGAAUGGUUCUAUCAGUAUAAAGGAGAUAUGAUCCUUAAGGUGGUUGAUAAUGGAGAAUUUAAAGAUAUUACGCUAAAAGAAGGAGACAUGUUCUUGUUACCUGGAAACACGCCACACAAUCCAGUUCGAUUCGCUAAUACUAUUGGAAUUGUGAUGGAAAGAAAUCGCAGACCCGAAGAAAUUGAUCGUCUCAGGUGGUAUUGUGAAAAUUGCAAAGGAAUAGUGUAUGAAGAAUCAUUUUAUUGUUAUGAUCUUGGUACUCAAUUAAAACCUAUCAUUCAAAAAUAUGCAGCCGAAAAUAAUUUAAGAACAUGCAAAUCUUGCGGUCAUGUAAAUACUGCCAAAUAA